AUGAACCCUGCGAGCUCUUCAUCAGACUGGCCAAGUAAUGCCCGGUCUCCGGGUGGAUGGGAUGGAGGAUUGCCGCAGCAGCCCGCUCCGGCCCUCCAGGGAGCGAGUAGCGCUAGGCACCCUACCACGAUAGCAGGUGCACGCGCAGCUGAGCCUGUCGCCCUACAACGGCAGCAGGCUGCUGAUGUGCAGCCAAGGGUAAGUAAUGCCCGGGCAUUUUCCUGGAGAGCGGAUGGAUGGGAUGGCGGCUUACCGCAGCAGCCCGCUCCGGCCCUCCAGGGAGCGAGUAGUGCUUGCUACCCUACCACGACAGCAGGUGCCCGCGCAGCUGAGCCUGCCCCCCUACAGCCAUUGGCUCCUUCCGCCCCACAACGGCGGCUGUUGAGCAGUUCCGGCCAGCGCCAAGACGAGGUUGCGGCAAGCUUUUGCGCAUAUCUGGGCCUGCCAGCUGGACGAACUGAAACAGCCUUUUCCGAAAGGCUUCUAAUGCAGCUGCCUGACAUGAUGCACUUGUACGAGCGGCACGCAGAGGCGCAGCGUUCGCAGAUAUUGUGGAAGAAGAGGAUUGAUGCAGUUGUUGGAGACCGCUUGAACGAGCUCUAUUUGGUCAUGGAAUGCCUGAACAACGGCUUGACAUCUAAAGACUACGACAGACUCCGCCGAGAGAUUCUGUCUUCCAAAGGUUUGGGCGAAUCGAGAGGAAGAACAGAGGCGGAAGCAAAGGAGGAGAAGGUGGGAGCAUAUGCCAAGGAGCACAGCCACCGCAUACAAGGCAUGCUGCGACCUGCGGUGGAAUCUGCGAUCUUUGAGCAGGGCCAGGGUGAGAGCUUGCGCGCUCGUAUUGUGCGACGUGUGGAGGAGGAAUCAAAGACCCAUCUAACCUUGGACCAAACAGACUUCACCAAGGGCCUUUCAGAUGAUGUUUUUCUCAGCAAGAAGCGCCAAGAGAUCAAAGACGUCUCCCUCAGGUUGGGACUCGGCGAGAUAUCCGACGUUCAACGAGGUGUUGAGAAGCUCGUGGUAUGGUUCCGAAAGGCUGAGGAGCUGAAACUUGACCGUCUUGACUUCUUUGGAACCAAACUUGCAGAUGAUGCCUUGGGCCUGAUCCUGAAGCUUCCUUGCUUUCGGAAGCUCAGGUUUCUUGGAUUGGCAGAUACGCUGGUCAGUGUCGACGGACUUUGUGACGUCAUAGAAGAAGUCUUCAGGCGUCGGUCUGGAGAGCCGGAGCCGGAUCACCACUGGCUAAAAGUGAAGAUGGGCGACAAGUUCUGGCCGCGCAGCCAACCGCGGGAUCAACAGAAUAACCGAUGGGGCGCCUUGCAGGCGCGCGUUUCGGAGGUCGGAGGGAGAUGCCGCUAUAUUCCCAACAAGCGCUGGAUGUUGCACAUCGUCAAGUACCAAGAUCAGGGUAGUGCAGACACAACAUCUAGAAGACCAUUGCUGAAAGUGUCCGCCUGA